ACUCUCCCCACUGCUCAAUCAUUCAUGGAGAAAUAUCAAACAAUUUUUCUCUCAUUUUAUCUUCUCUUACUGUUUAUCAUCGAUGUUAAUGCGUCUACUGAAGAUAACGAGUUGACAAAACAUGAUCAUCAUAUCAAACAAAAGCUUUUUGUAUUUGGAGACUCUUAUGCUGACACUGGGAACAGUAGGAAACACACAGCGGUAUCAUGGAAACCGCCGUAUGGGAUUACUUUUCCCGGAAAACCGGCUGGCCGGUUCUCCGACGGCCGUGUCCUCACUGACUAUAUAGCUUCGUUUCUGGGCAUAAAAUCUCCGGUAGCGUACAGAGAGAUAAAGUGGAUAAAGAAAUGGAAAGUGAAUAAGUAUGGAAUGAACUUUGCAUUUGGAGGGACAGGAGUGUUUGAUACAAUGGAAAAGGAACCAAACAUGUCAACCCAAAUCAAUUUCUUCGAAGAUAUAUUACUUGAACGUAAUUUCUAUUCCAAACAAGACCUUAACUCUUCCGUGGCUUUAGUCUCUCUUGCUGGCAAUGACUAUGGUGCUUACCUUGCUAAAGGUGGCAAUAACAGCAUGGAGGGUUUGGCAAAUUUCACGACAUCAAUUAUUGACCAACUUGUUGGGAAUCUGAGGCGGAUACAAAGCUUGGGAGUGAGAAAAAUAGCAGUUACAGCACUAGAACCUCUUGGCUGUCUUCCCCCAUUCACAGCCUCUUCUUCAUUUCAAAAUUGUACUCAAAUUUUCAACUCCGUCUCUGAUUUUCACAACCAAAUGUUGCACCAAAAAUUGCAAGCUUUGAACAAUCAAAGCUACUCAUCGUCAUCAAAAUAUUUGCCCAUCUUAGUUCUGGAUCUCCAUAGCACCUUCCUGUCUGCAUUUAAGAAUUUACAGAAGAAUAUCACCACUACCGCAGGAAAUUUGUCAAUGGAAUCUCCAUUGAAGCCUUGUUGUGUGGGAAUAAGCAAAGAAUACUCAUGUGGGAGUUUUGAUGAAAAUGGGGCAAAGAAGUAUAUUGUAUGCAAGAAUCCUGAGUUAUCCUUUUUUUGGGACAUGAUUCACCCUUCUCAAAAUGGUUGGUCUGCAGUUUUUUCAGGGCUCAGAUCUUCUCUUCAUAAAUUAAUUUAGUAAUAUAAGUGCAAAUCAUUUUAAUAAUAGUUACUAUAUACAUUAUACACUUGGGGUUUCCAGUGUACGUAGUCCCUUCCGGGGACCUACAUUAAAUGGAAAUUUCGUGAGUGUAAGAGGAAAUUUGGACAUAAAACUGUAAUUUAUAUACUUGUUCAUCAAUGUUUAAUAUUAUUGCAAGAAAGGGACAAAUGAUCCCUAUACUUGGUACC